AAUCGGCAAUCUCUCCCUCCUGUUAUCGCCGCCCCCGGCAACCCUAGUUCCGGCCAUUGUUGAUUAUGGCGGACCUAGUGAAACAGAUCCUUGCAAAGCCGAUCCAGUUAGCUGACCAAGUCAUCAAGUUCGCCGAGGAAGCCUGUAACAACAAGCAAGAAUGUGCUGAACUCAAAUCCAAGACGGAAAAGCUCGCUGGACUCCUCCGUCAAGCCGCCCGUGCSAGYAACGAUCUMUAUGAACGACCUACACGGCGUAUUAUCGACGAUACCGAGCAGGUUCUAGAAAAAGYACUUUCUGUAGCCCUAAAAUGUCGGAACAACGGCUUUGUAAAGCGUGUGUUCACUAUCAUACCUGCUGCUGCCUUCCGCAAGAUGUCGUCACAGCUUGAGAAUUCCAUCGGCGAUGUCUCCUGGCUUUUACGUGUCUCCGCACCUAACAAUUCCACCGAUGAGUACCUCGGUCUCCCUCCCAUCGCCGCUAACGAGCCUAUUCUGGGUUUAAUUUGGGAGCAAAUCGCUAUUUUAUACACCGGAACCCUAGAUGACAGGUCCGACGCGGCGGCGUCGCUCGUGUCGCUUGCACGCGACAAUGAUCGGUACGGGAAGCUGAUAAUUGAAGAAGGUGGAGUCAAUCCGUUGCUGAAAUUGGUGAAAGAGGGGAAACCGGAAGGUCAGGAGAACGCUGCGUCGGCGAUCGGMUUGCUCGGYCGUGAYCCUGAGAGCGUUGAACACAUGAUCCACGCCGGUGUCUGCUCMGUGUUYGUGAAAAUUCUCAAAGAAGGUCCGAUGAAGGURCAGGCGGUUGUUGCUKGGGCUGUAUCKGAGCUCGUYCGCCAUUAUCCCAAAUGCCAAGAUCUYUUCGCGCAGCACAACAUYGUGAGAUUGCUUGUCGGYCAUCUUGCUUUCGAGACCGUCGAAGAACACAGUAAGUAUGCUAUCACCAGCAACAAACCCACUUCGAUUCAUGCUGUUGUUCUAGCUAGUAACAACACUAAUAGUAGCACCAACUCCAAUGGGCUUCAUCACAAUCCUAACAACAAAUCCACAACUCCACCAAAUGAUGAUGAAGAUAAGCAUCGAGUUUCACAUCCUUCUGGUAACAGGCAACAACCCUUCAAAAUGCACAGUGUGGUUGCUAGCACCAUGGCCAUGAAAGAAGGUUUGAAGCCUSCUGUCAAUCAGGRAACCAAUGGGUUGUUACCAAAUUYGAAUCAGAAGACCGAAAAUGUUGUCGUCAAGAAGCAAAAUGUGCAUCAUAACUCAAGUCUUUCGCUAUAUGCAAMUGGUAUACACAAAGGUAGGGAACUAGAGGACCCUGCAACUAAAGCUYACAUGAAAUCCAUGGCUGCURAAGCUCUUUGGCACCUUGCCAAAGAUAAUUCCACUAUUUGUAGAAGCAUUACUGAAUCAAGAGCUUUACUCUGUUUUGCUGUUCUAUUGGAGAAAGGCCCGGAAGAAGUUAGAUACAAUUCUGCAAUGGCKCUCAUGGAAAUCACCGSUGUAGCAGAGSAAGAUUCCGACUUGCGAAGAGCGGCUUUUAAGCCMAAURCACCAGCUUGCAAAGCUGUUGUUGAACAGUUACURCAAAUUAUAGAGAAAGCAGACUCAAGACUYYUACUUCCAUGUGUUAAAGCGAUUGGGAACUUGGCUAGAACUUUUCGUGCYACAGAGUCACGAAUGAUYCAACCGUUGGUUCAGCUUCUUGAAGAACGWGAGGCUGAGAUCACUARAGAAGCUGCCUUAGCAUUGACCAAAUUUGCCUGCACAGAGAACUACCUACGGCUUGAUCACUCCAAGGCGAUUAUCAGCGCUGGAGGAGCAAAACACUUGAUUCAAUUGGUCUAUUUUGGGGAGCAAAUGGUUCAAAGCCCUGCAUUGAUGCUUCUAUGCUACAUCGCUCAACAUGUGCCUGAUAGUGAGGAUCUAGCACAGGCUGAGGUGCUUACUGUUCUUGAAUGGGCGUCCAAGCAAUCUGCAUUGAUCCAAAAUGAAAAAGUGGAAAAGCUUUUGCAGGAGUCCAAAGGUAGGUUGGAGCUCUAUCAAUCUAGAGGAUCAAGGGGUUUCCAUUAGAUUUUUGCUUGCUUUUUUAUAUAAUAUAUUUCAUGAAAGUUUUUUUUUUUUUCCUUUUUCCUUUUUCCUUUUUUCGGGUUUCAAUUACAUGGGGUUUCAUCAUUUUCAUGUAGGGUACAUAAUAUUUACUGUCACCUGUUCUUUUUCAGUAUGAAAAGUGGGAAAUCAUAUUCAAGAAUUCAUCUUCUGAUUCUUCAUUAUGAUGCUUUAUUUGCAUACUGCUUGUAAUGAAUGUAUUUAAGUAAAUGACGAAGUGGUCAUCUUCAAUCUCAUAGCCCUGUUGGAUU